AUGGACCAGUUCCACGACGGGCACCACGUGCGGCUGCGGAGCCGCGUGCACCGCACCCGCACCUACCUCCACGCCGCCGCCGACGGGGAGAGCGUCACCCUCAGCCAGGUCCGGGCCUCCAUGAACGCGGCGUGGGCGGUGCACAUCUACCACCGCGACGACGGCGACGGAGAGGCUUUCUACGACGACGACGGCCCGUACCUGCUCCUCCACAGCGCCGCCUACGGCCGCUACCUCGGCGCCACGGACGUGCCGGCGCGGCGAGGCCACCGCGGAUUCCGCGCGGAGCUGCGUGACUACGACCAGCCGGAGGUGGGGGCCAUCAUGUGGCGGGCCGUCGGGUCGGGCUUCGCGGGCAACGUCGUCCUGCUCCACCACGCGGGCGGCCGCUUCCUCCGCGCCAACGGCAGGUACCUUCCCUGGAACGCCGGCGUCAGCCUCGACGACGACGUCAACUCCAUGAUGCACUGGGUCGUCGAGCCCAUCCCCGCUAGAGAGGCUGGCAUGCCUGCCAUUCCUGGCCCGCCUCCGACUCUCGCAAGAUUCCUCUCCGACAUGUUCAUGGAUCCGGGACGGCGGAUCCGGUACACUCCGACGCUCGGCGGGGACUACCCCGAGGACAGCGCCGGCUGGGGCGAGUUCUGGUUCAGGGGGAGGUCCGUGUUCCGUCUGAGGGACCAGCUGGUGAUGCGCACCAGCAUCAACCUGUACUACCAGAACGUCGCCAUCUGCGUCCGAGCGGGCCGCUACGGGAGGCUGACCCCGCUCGUCGUCGACCUGCCCCACGGCGGCUACGGCGAGACCCUCGAGAUUGUCAUCCUCGAGGACGAGACUCGUGCCUACGAUGAUCUGCGACACCCAGACGUCGACGCGGAGUAG